CCCUAUUUUUUCUCGAAAAAAAAAGUCCGUUUCUUCAAUAGUUUGAAGAUGAUGUCAGGAUCACAAGAUCAGCUCGAGAUCAAGUUUAGGUUGACCGAUGGAUCGGAUAUCGGCCCGAUAAAUUAUCCAGUUGCUACAAGUGUUGCUACUUUGAAGGAGAAUAUUAUAGCUCAAUGGCCUAAAGAGAAAGAUAAUUGUCCACUUACGGUUAAAGAUAUUAAGUUAAUUAGCGCGGGAAGAAUAUUAGAGAAUGCUAAAACCGUCGGAGAAUGUAGGAGCCCGUUGUGUGAUGUUCCAGGUGGUGUUACAACAAUGCAUGUUGUCGUUGUUCAGCAAUUACAGGAGAAAGAAAAGAAGUUGACGAGUGAUGAUCAUAAGAAGAAUCGAUGUGUUUGUGUGAUAUUAUGAGAUGAUUGCAGCCAUUGAUCGACACAAUCAGUCAAGAUUGAAUACUCGCUUUUUUUUCUUUUUUUGUUUUAUCCCCAUUUUUGUGCAGAUGAAGUUUCUGUGUCGGAUAUUGAAUUAUGAAGAUAACAAAGACGAUACUUACAUGUAUCGAUGCUUGACCGAAACCUCGCAAUUUAUACCUCGUUUGGUUCUUGAUUUGUAGAUCAAGAUUUGUUUUUCUCUAUAUAUUGCUUGAAUCUUGAU